GUAGUUCAUGAGGCUCGGCUGGGGCGCCAGGAAGGACUGGUGGUUGGGGACCCGAGCAGCGCUUGCGCUUGGUCGCGCUGGGGAGCAUCAUGUCCCGCGUGUCGGUGCCCUGCCAUGUAAAAGGCACCGUAGCUCUGCAGGUGGGCGACGUGCGGACCUCCCAUGGCCGGCCUGGCGUGCUGGUCAUCGAUGUCACCUUCCCCAACGUCGCGCCCUUCGAGUUACAGGAGAUUACAUUUAAGAAUUACUACACAGCCUUUUUGAGCAUCCGCGUCCGUCAGCAUACCUCGAUGCACACACCGGCCAAGUGGGUGACUUGUCUGCGGGACUAUUGUCUGAUGCCCGACCCACACAGUGAGGAGGGAGCCCAGGAGUAUGUAUCGCUGUUCAAACACCAGAUGCUGUGUGACAUGGCCAGAGUACUGGAGCUACGCCUGAUUCUUCGGCAGCCAUCACCACUGUGGCUGUCUUUCACAGUGGAGGAGCUGCAGAUUUAUCAGCAGGGACCAAAGAGCCCCUCCAUGACCUUUCCCAAGUGGCUCUCCCACCCAGUCCCCUGUGAGCAACCUGUCCCCCUACUUGAGGGUCUCCCAGACCCCAGCAGGGUAUCCUCCGAGGUGCAGCAGAUGUGGGCGCUGACAGAGAUGAUCCGGGCCAGUCACACCUCCACAAGGAUCGGCCGCUUUGAUGUGGAUGGCUGUUAUGACCUGAACUUGCUCUCCUACACUUGAAUGGUUGCUCCUAGCCAAGAUAUUGGCCUUUCUGUGCCCACCCAGGCUUGUUUUGGGCCACCAGAGGCCGAAGUGUGUUCCCUGUGCAUUCCAAGUGUUGCCUGCAUGCCUGUACUGUCUGGGCCAUGUUCACAGAUUCAGGAUUCUUGGGGGCUUACUGUAUUGCUUCAGCAUGAACUCCUGGCGGGAAUGCACUCUGUCUUCACCUGGCUGCAACCCAGUUCUUCUUUCUUCUUCUAUCCUAACAACACUCCAGUUCUACUUACUAAGAAUCCUCGAGGACCCUCUGCCCCUCCUGCCAACAUUCACACUCCUGUCUUCUGCCUGCUCCUUCACCCUAAAUGCAGUUAGGCUGAAAAGACCUACUAAAACCUCCAUCUAACCUGGAAGGCCAUUGCUGCAAUGGCAUUCUCGUAUGUAGAUUGGGAAGCUUUAGGAAGAAACAGAAACCCCAUUUCUU